AUGUCUCUCGUCCUCUCUCCACCUCCCCCACCACGGUCUCCACACCACGUCUCCCUCUCACGAUCCUCGUCCCCUUGCACUUCCGCCCCUGGAUCUCGGCCAUGUACACCACCACCUCUUUCUCCGGCCGGUCACACCAACCUGCCCAUGACUUUUGGCGCCCAUACAACUUCCCAUGGUCUCGUAUCCUCUUCUCCUGGCUUGACCUCCAACAAUCCGACUGAACCACUUUCUGCUCCGUCUACGCCAGUCACGACAAAGCACACGGCCCAACAUAUUGAGCAUGCUGUGGGCAUGGAGCGAUGUCGAAGCUCUGAACCUACUUACCAUCAUCCUAUCUUCUCCCUGGCCCGUCAAGGAACAGAUGACCGGAGUCGAGGGAGAGAACCGAAAGCGACGGCGUUGAGAUCAGGUAGAGUCAUAAGUCACGGGAGUUCAGGGAUAAAGAAGAGGGAUGUCGAGACCAACUCAUUGCCAACCUCCCCGUCUGCUCUGAGGGAUUCGUAUAUCCCGCUCCCAGGUGAAGCACCAUCUGGGCAGGCAAAAGAUCUACAACAUCUCAAGGAUCAAGAUGUGCCUGAUAUAGGACCCAUCCUCGGUCCCUCAUCUAUGGACGAAAGCAUGGAUAUUGAUGAACCUCCGCUUCAAAAUGGUCAGGGAGAUGACGUCUCCGUCGUGGACAGGUCUCUCGAUGAUAUAGCGUCUGCAGAGGGUACUGCGCCUGUAGACGCGGAGGAAGACUCGUCCCGAGUCUGGGGAAUGCCAAAAUGGGGUGUCGAGGACAGGGAGCAGGUUCGACCAGGAGUCAGAAUCCUACAUGUUGACGAGCUUCCACCGCUCAUGGAUCAGCAUGCAAUGGUGGACACUCCGAGUCACGUUCUAUUCCCUUGGCUACACGGUAUCAGCGACGACGGCAAGCGCGGACAGAGUAUGGCCGCAUUCUUCGGUCUAUAUCCUCCUUUCGAGCCUCCGCGUUAUCGUGGCCUCUCGGUACUCUUUGCCAGUGGACGAGUAUUACAAAAGUGUACACCUGAAAAAUCACCUAGUCCACCUCGGAAGAGCGAUGUGUCGCUUCCCAGUGGAUCACGCCCUUCCGCCCUAUCAUCUUCUGUCCCGACAACAGCAUCCGAGAUCAGCUCGCAGUCUGCGCAUUCGCGAGGCCGUUCAGAGACCACCUCCACGUCUACGGAAUCGUAUGCCUCUUCAAGUGGGACAACGGAGGCUACUUCCCCUUCCAUUGGCGAUAUCAAAGAGCUCGCCAGCUCCGCUCCGAAUGGCUCGUCGUCGAAUUGGAUGCCAAUCACCGAAGAACCAACUCAUGAUGUCGAAAUGCACCCUUGCGAACCGAAACGAUCCUUGUCCGUCGCGGCGGAGAAGGACAAGGAACAGAGUUCGUCUCUGCCUCGAGACGACAUCACGCCGGCCGUCAUUGUUGAAUCAGGAUCCGAAGCUGACGGUGCAUCGUUCGAGGAAGUGGAUAGCUGGGGUCAGGAUGUUCCUAAUUCUCUCCUGCUCAAUUCACUGUUUGUCGAUGAGAUCUUUGAAGGGAUUGGCGAAACAAGCAAUGGCGAAUUGCUCCCUCCGAGGUUCUGCAGCCCCAAUUUACCGCGGAAUAUCAAUCUUCGAAAUCUCAACAUACAGCCUAUCAAGUACGCCACGAUUAGUGAUCUCGUUCUGUACGCCCGAAAUGGAUGCAGUGAGGCUCUCCUGAAUUUGGCGGAACGAGUCGCCGCUGCUCAAGAUAAUCUGUAUCAUGAGCGGAUGGAAGAGUACUAUCAGCAUGUCGACAAAGGUCAGGGCGAAGGCAUCAACCGCCCGGUUAAGUAUGGCGUCUGGAUCGUCAACGAGCCAUUCCACGUCCUGGAGAAAAUCGCACCCCAGCUAGUGAAUGUCACUUCGCAAGGCGAAAGUGCGCCCCACCCGUUUUUCAUGGACGUUUUCGACCGCGAAAAUUGUGAAUCACGCAUCAUGACUCGCGCCACCGAGGUCGUUGAGGGUCUUUGGGUCGGUAACGAGGCAGACGUGCCCGGUAACCAAUUGCCCGGUGAUGUGGGACCUCAAGUCCGAUACAACUUGUGCAUCCGCGCAUGGGAGUUGGGCAACAUUCCAAGUGCAAAUGACUUGAAAAAGGCACAUGAGAAGAUUCUGGAAAUGGAUCAAGAUUUCGUGGAAGAAACCUCGCCCAGACGAAGCGAGUUCAACCCCACACCUGCCACUGUUGCUCUUCGCAAUCUGCUAUCGCCCAAUAGCAGUCAAUCGACUCUGCCCGAGCAAGGCGGCUCAGCCAGCCUAAAGCGCGCGGCAGCGACAGACAUGCGUGAGGGGGAGAGGAAUGGUCGGAAUGGAGCCAAACAGGCACGUUACGUGUCCAUGACUGUUGCUGGCUGCAGUCGAUCGACUUCAGUCCAUGGCGCGCGACCCAGAGAGAUGGUCGAUCGAUUAGUUGCCAUGGUCUACUGGCUUCGUAAGUUGAUCGAGCGUCGAGACGGUACGAAUCCGAGACGCGCACGAAACGUUCUGGUCUAUUGUCAGGAUGGAUAUACGGAGAAUUCUAUGCUGGUCCUCGCGUAUAUCAUGUCGAGCCUCAGUAUCUCAUUACCAGAAGCCUAUCUCCACCUUCAAAACACAGCCCAACGAUCCUUCUUCCUAUUUGGUGGUGACAAACCACUGCUGCGCAAAGUGGACGAGAGGCUGACCGCCGAUCGUAAGGCGAAAGCUUUGAAGAUCUUGCAAACAAGCACGGAGAAGCAUCAUUCGUCCUCGAGCAGUCCCUUGGACAAUCUACCGUCUCCUACGAGCGGUGGAAGGUGGAAGAAUUGGGGUUUGACUUUUGGUAAAUCGGAAGCCACCACUGCGUCUUCCUCGCCCGAUGGAUCGCGAGCGACGCGAUCGAAAGAUCCCAAACGAAGAGAGGAUGAAGAGUCGAAGCACUUGGUGGAGAUGGCCAAGAAAAUGUUGGAGGAGGAAGAACAAGGCGGACGACAGAGUGCCAAAGAUGCUCGGGUCUGGUUUGACGAUCGGCGAUUUGACGGAUUCCCAUCGAGGAUUUUGCCGUUCCUUUACCUGGGUAAUCUGGAACAUGCUGGCAACGCUGCCAUGUUGAGCGCACUGUCUAUCACUCAUGUCGUAUCCGUCGGAGAAAGUCUCAUCAAUUGUGCGGCGGACACGGAUCCAAUGUACGGUCAGAUUGGCGAGAAUACCUUGUCUGCAGCCUACAGGGAUGGAAAGAUUCAAGUUCUCGAUCUCAACGAUGUACGGGAUGAUGGAAAUGACCCUUUGCGACCGAUCAUUGCCAGAGCUUGCGAAUGGAUCGAAGCUGCUCGACUGACGGGUGGCAAGAUUCUCGUCCAUUGCCGUGUCGGUGUCAGCCGCAGUGCGAGUAUCGUCAUGGCGUAUAUGAUGCAGUAUCAUCGGUUGGGUCUGAUGGAUGCGUACCUGGUCACACGGGCAAGGCGAUUGAAUGUCUUGAUCCAGCCCAAUCUUCGAUUCUACCAUGAAUUGUUUGGAUGGGAGAUCGAAUUGGCCAAAAGAGAGCUAGACGACCCCUCAUGUGCCUUUACCUCCAUCCCCUCGUCGUACGGGGAACGCAGCAACGCACCCAUGUCCUUGCCAGUCAUAGUGGGCAGACGAAAUAUCCUGUACUGUUGGCCUUCAUUCUGUCGCGAGUUGUAUUAUCUCAAUCGACGAUUCUUGUGCAAUUAG